CCGGGUGCAGAAGAGAGAAUAGAUUUCUUCACCGGAAAGGGAGACCAACGGAGAGAGAGAACGAACAAGUACAGUCCUUCUAGGCAAGUGUACACCCCCCCCCCAUUACAACCACCCUGACUUUAAGAACCAGGGCAGUGGACAAGUGUAUCAGCCUGACUGGCAUUCACUAAGUUGAAAAAAGCGAAAUAGCACGCCGUCCUGUUUUUGGAGGUCUACACGGCUGCACUGUGAUGUGUUACGGCCUUUCAGGAUCAUCUCUCUCUCUCUCUGAGUUUAGAAUUGAAGUCACCAGGAGUGAGACAGCUGUGGUCUCCAGGAGUUUGCAGUGCUUUCCUAGAGGAGCGGAGAGAGGAUAGGAAUGUAUGCACUUGCUCCUAAGGAUUCUUAAUUCAGAAUAUCUGGUGAGAUAGUUUUCUGGAAACACCUCUGAGAGGACUACACUCCUUCACCACUGUAGCUGGCUUGCUUAAUCCCCCUAGGGAACUUUCCUCCAUCAGCAUGCUCUCUACUUCUUGCCAAGUAUGUGAUCUUACCAUCCAGUCUGCUGAGAUUUUGAGUCUUCAGUUAUUUAGGAGGAAAGACAUCUCCCAAGUUUUAAGAGGACUUGGAAAAAAAAAUGGCAGAACUGCUUUCUAUAAAUUUUGAAGAACCCUGGAGGCCGGGAAAGGUGCUGGAAAACUAAAAAUGCACAGUUGGAAUCCUGGUUUGGUGUUGCCCGGAAUAUCAGAGAAUUGGGAACAAUUAUAUUUUGGAAUCAUACACCUACUGUGGUGGUUUAUAAGCAAGGAUAACUGACUAUGCCCGCCCAGGAAGUCACUGAUUCUCUGCCAAUCGGGAAGUUAAAUGAAGGAUGGCCCCAAAGGAUUUUAUCCUGUGAAGUCUUCCUGGAUUUUUUGGCUUUCCCUUUUUAGAAAUGCAAAUAAAGAAGAUGAAGGAUCUUGGACGGCAGUUAUAUACCACUCAAGUGAACAACAGACAUAAUUCCUUAACCAUGUCACCCAAACAGCCUACUGCUAAUAGAGCAACUCGACCAGAUAGACAAGAAGCGCAGGCUCUUUUGUGUCAAGGCUCAGAGGCAGAGGCUGCCAUGAUGACUGUUGCUACAUGUGUGAAGUGCAAAAGUGUUCACAAAAUCCCGCUUCAAGAUUUGAAAAAGGGUACCGGGCCAAGCCAAAAGGAAGACAAAUACAUUUGCUUCAAAUGCAACCUAGGUGUGGCUGCUCCCCAUUUUCAUUAUGUGAACAGCAAUCCCAAUGCUACUCCUGUAGGAAAUAAAGCCGAAGCCAUCUCAAGUUCCGUCAGUAACAAAUUUAAGGUAAGGAACUUUAAGCCAGGCAAAUACUAUUGUGAUAAAUGUCGAUUUUCCACAAAGGACCCUCUGCAAUACAAGAAGCACACACUUCAACAUGAAGAGAUUAAAUUCAUCUGUUCUCACUGCAACUAUGUUUCUUACACAAAAGGGGAGUUCCAGAGGCACCUGGUGAAACACACAGGCGUAUUCCCUUAUCAGUGUGAGUACUGCGACUAUGGUGCUAUUAGGAAUGACUACAUUGUCAAACACAGGCGGAGAGUACAUGAGAGGGCGGGGGGAAAGCGGCUGCCCAAAACUGUUGCCAAACUGGAGCCGAAAAGAGUCAGCAUAUCCAAGCAAAACACAGAGCUUUUCAAAGCUCCCAAUCCAAGGACUGCAUUUCAAAAUAAGUCAUCAGAUCAACUCUCAAGAUUCUCUCUCCAUACGAAUAAAGACAAAAUGCACAGUAUCAUGUUGUUGCCUGAAUCAAAGGAAUACCAAAAAGAUGUAGUAUGUGUUCCAAAUAAAGUGACCCUGUCGGAGCCAAACGAAGGCAGUCUGUUUGAGAACAAAAGUGUGGAGGUAGAAGUGCUGUCUCCAGCAAAAGAGCCUGUCCAGCCGGGAAUGCCAUUAACUGUGGUGGCACCAGCAGAACUCGUCGUUCCUGCAAACUGCUUAGCCCAGUUGAUAGAUGUGAAGGUUGUCAAUGGGACCCAGCAGCUGGUCCUGAAAUUGUUUCCUCUGGAAGAAAGUAACCGCCCUGACGCUGGUGGGGGCGAUAGGGGCAAUUCUGAGCUUAUGACUAGAGAGAAGCGUUUAGUUGAACCAGAAAAAAUGGUUUCUGCAGGCCAAACAAAGUCACUGGCAAUUGAAGGGAAUGUUGGAAAACUGGCAGGCAUUGAUAAUCUUCAGUCGUCAGUUCAGAAACAACUUAAAAAUGUGAAGUGGGUCAGGUCUUAUGAUUUUUUCAUGUCCAAUUCUAGUGUGCACGACCGUGGAGAAUCCCUCCUCAACCCAGAUAGAGUUGAGGAUUUCCCGAAAAAAAGCAGUAUGUACCCACACAGACCGGCUUUUCCUUCUCUCUCCUUAAAAGGUCAUUCUCCAGCAUCUCUAGUAAAAAACAGUAUUUUCCACAGUCUUGGAGCUGCAUCAAAUCCCUUUCCAUAUAAAGCUGCUGUUUCUUUUGCUGAAGAUGGAAGGAACUUACACGGUGACUUGCAGCAGUUGCUUCCCCUAGCUGCAUCACCUAAAACCAUGUCCUUCUCUGGAGAAAAGGGCUCAUUGCCUGUAAAUACAAAUAACUUGGAAUCUAGAAAUGAGAUCAGUGUUCCUAUAAAAAUGGUUCCCUCUCAUCGGAAGCUGAAAGACAAGCAGAUGGAGGAACACAAGGCAGUUUCAAAUACAAGCCAGAUUUCCUCUCAACAUAAAAGCGAGUAUUUACAUAUAAAUAUGCCAGGAGAAGAUAGAAUCAGGUCUCAGCCACCCAGAGAGGAGCCUUUGGAAUUAAAGAAUCCUGAAAGGACUAAAGACUCUUUUGAUGGUCCAGUCAUCUCAUCAGUAUUUUCUCUGAGCUCUGGGUCUGAAAAUGUCCCUGAGGGUGUUAAGUGGAAUAGUUCAACAUCCAAAAUAAAGUCAAUUGAACUCUUGCGCAGAAAGAUAGCUCAAUUAAUUGAAUCCUGUGGUAAGCCAUCAUCUUUGUCUGCAAAUAAUGCACAUCGCCGUUCUGUAGGGCAGACGUCGAAGGAAACUUCAAAAGCUGCUCCUGAAGGUAUCCACGAAAUUAACGUAUCAUUUACUGGCACUGGCUAUUCCACAGGCACGCUCCCAAAACCUCAGGAUGAUGGUGGUAUUAAUGGACAGCUUACUCAUCAGCAGAUAUAUCCACAGUUUAUAGAAGGCAGCAAUGGGAAUACUGAACGGGUAACCAGGAAGGCCCAUGUUGCUACUCCAGUAUUGAUCCCCAAAGGGGCUGUAUUGAGGGUUCUUAAUUCUUCUGAGGAUGCACACAUUAUAGAAGCCACAUGUGAAGCACCUGUCAGCAUACCUUGCAGUGAGACACAGUUAAUAAAACCCAUUCCGUUAUGCCCAGUGAGACAGACAGACUCAGACUUACAGUCUUUGACAAGUGAAAGUGGGCCAAUAGAUAUGUCUCAAAAUUUUGAUAUACCUCUUCGGCCAAAACCAAGAAAAGAGAGUUCUAUUUGUAGCAUGCCUAAAAAAACUGGCCCCCUGCACAGUCAGCAAGGAAGCAGUGAACUGAGUAAGCAAGGAAAACUGCUUUCCAGAAGUCUUCCUAUCAGUAAAAAUAAAACCAAACAAGUGAACUCAUCCAAGAAGAAAAGUAAAAUCCAGGCUGAUCCCAGCCGCUAUCUCAAGGAUCCUUCAAUUUUCCAGGUUGCAAGACAACUUCGACUGGUAGCUGUUAAACCAGAUCAGUUGAUUAAAUGCCCACGUCGGAACCAGCCCGUCAUCGUAUUAAACCAUCCUGAUGUUGACUCUCCAGAAGUGACCAAUGUGAUGAAGGUAAUAAACAAGUACAAAGGCAACGUUCUCAAAGUCGUCUUGUCAGAGAGGACUAGGUGUCAGCUAGGCAUCAGACGGCAUCAUGUUCGCCUGACAUACCAGAAUGUGGAGGAGGCCAAUCAGAUAAAAAGGCAAAUGAUGUUGAAAAUGAAACUUAAAAAAGUUCAUAAAAACAACUACCAGGUGGUGGAUUCUUUGCCUGAUGACUCAUCACAGUGUAUAUUUAAAUGCUGGUUUUGUGGGCGGCUGUAUGAAGACCAGGAAGAGUGGAUGAGUCAUGGCCAACGGCAUUUGAUAGAGGCAACUAGAGAUUGGGAUGUUCUUUCUUCCAAGGGCAAAUAAGUAAAAAAAUGGUUUUUGAAGCAAAUUAUUUUCUUAAUUUUAGUUUAUUCUAGUUUGUUUUUUCCCCUCCCUCCCUGACUCAGUAGGAGAAAUACAGAUUGUAGAAAUGGGAGGAUCAUUCAUUCUUCAGAAACCUUGUAGGAAUGUUGAGAGCCAGGAGUCUUAACCGGAGACAAGUGACCAGACCUUGGAAGCUAGUUGAAGCCCCUGAAAUCAUACGCACAAAUCUAUGUAUACGUGUUUUUCUGGAGAGAAGUGAAACUUCCAGAUUUCCAGUGGGAUCUGAGACUUUUCUUUGUUUAGCACCCCUUUUUUCUGAGUAGUUACAUAUUUGUUGUGAUCUAUUCAGAGGGACAAGUUUAGUGUUUUACAUAUUGCUCUUUAUACAAAAUGCUACUGAGGAAUUAAACCCGUAUCUUGGUGUGCACAUCCAUUUUUUUUUCUGCAUUAUGUGCUGAAUAUUUGGAACAUAAUGGAAAUUAUACCUUCUACUUUGUUAUCUUAAAUUUGGUUAUAGAAAAGUGGCUCUUUUAAAUUCCUCACCCACUCUGCAGUACUCAGAAGUGUCUGUAGCACAGAGCAUCGUGCUUCCGUUGGCCAUUUUGAAGAAUGAUUCUGAGGGUUUGCCUGAGUUUAUUACGUCAACAGUAGAUGUUAGGGGAGGAAAGAAACAUUUUCAAACCUUUACUUUCUUUUUAAAUGUCUUGAUUUAUGACAGUUGGGGAGUGCCUUUAAAAAAAAAAAAAGAAUGGUCACAGAUGGAAAAUAAAAUUAAGGCCACCCUCACGAACAUAAAGUAACCCAAUUUAAAAUGUGAAUCAAUAGGCUUCUUACAACAUAGAUAAAGUUCAAGGCAGGACUGUGAAGGGAGUUAUGACUUUAAUGUAGCCAUUAGUUUUCAUUUGAGAACCCAUGCACAGACCAUGGGCAAAGGCUGCACGUGCUUUCUCCACCACUUAUGGAUCCAGGAUGUUGCCUCCAACCUAGCUCAUAGCCUGCUCUCCCUCUACCAGUUUUCCGAACAGGUUCUCCUUUGGAGUGAGACUCUUCCCUACUCACCUCCUGUCCCCUUUAUUUUGUGCCUCUGAAGCACCUUAAGGCUUUCCCUCAUGAAAAUACUAAAGCAAGAACCAACAAAAUAGAAACAUCCCGCUAUCUUUGUGGAGGUUAUAGAAACCCUACUCCUGGUUUUCACUGAUAAUCACAGUACGCUUCUAAUUUACCUUCACCUUCACAGUCUGUUCUCCCUCUCACUCACCUUUCCUAGGUAGUAACUCGUGAACACCUCCCCUUCUCCACCAUCAGAUGCCAGGACCAUGGCUGGUCCACACAGCACCUUUGUGUGCGUUAGGAAAAACUCCCUUUGCACCUUCACCACCUGUUGGGCAGAUGGGUGGCCAGGCACAGGGAGCUCAGGCUGGAUUUCAUCCUCACCAACCCACCUGCCAGGCACCAACCGUCUCAGAACACACAGGCACGGCUACAGGGCAGCCCCCAACUCUGCAUUUUCCUCCCUUUAAGACUGCUCCUUCCUUAGGCAGUUUAGUGCGGUGAAUGAAACUGGGAGCCAUUAUAUCUGAAAAAGACUUUGAGUGAGAUUUUCAUGUUGGUUAGUUGGAACUUUGAGGUUUUUUUUUUUUACAUGUGUGAAAGUCUUACACUAUCUUCUGAUAAGUGGAGUUAUUCUUUGUAGUUGAUUCUCAAGAUAAUCAACAUUUCUUAUGUUUAACUGAAUACAUGAUCAUUAAGUUGGUUAAUUGGUUUUUAUUGGAAUUUAAAAUUUGGGUUUUUUAUAUGUGUAUAUAUGUUUAUAUGUGUGUGUACACAUAUAAAUAUUUUUUACCAUAUGAAAACAGCUAAUUUUCUGAUUUCCUAUUUUAUAAUGAAAUUAUGUGGGCUGGAAAAAUAUAAAACACUUUAUAUUCUAGAAAUUAUUUUGGAAGCACAUUUUUAUAAUGGUAUGGUCUCAUUUUUAGAAAAUGAAAGCACAAGUAAGUGAUGAGUCUGAUUUAUAUGAACAAACAGGAGUAGGAAUCCCUGAGGAUCAUUUCAUUGCAGUAUUUCAUCCCCAUGCAUUUCUAGUUGGUGCUUUUUGGGAAAUGGAUCCUAUGUACCACUUCACCACAUAGAGGAGAGUGCUCUCAAGUGAACCAUGUGUGGAUAUGUACCCUGCCGGCAUGAUAGAAGGCUCCUAAAUUAACAGAAGAAAAGGCUGUGAUUUUUUUUUUUUUUUCUCCUAUACCUCACUGCUUAGUAGCAUCUUUCUUGAGAGGCUAGAGCAUGACCUUUCAGGAAAGAUGACUAUGAAUCAGGUCAGAGUGCUAAGUGUCAACAUGAAAUAUUUAUACUUUGUAGCAUCAACCGUUUUUCAAGUAUUACCUAAAAUUCAGCUUACAUACUUUAUGGACCUAAAUUUUUAUGAAUAGACUAUGUAGCUAAGCUUUUUGAGGAUUUCCUGAGCUACAAUACUUUUUGAGGAAUUAAGAAGGCUCCUGAAAGUCAUAAAAAACAAGAAAGCAAAACAUGUCUGUCCUCCCUAUAUGAAGAACUUUAGGAAAUAGCUUAAUGUGUAGGUAAAUGUCAUAAAACAUUUCUAAUGAACGAGGUAGGGGUAGAAUUGUGUUGAGUAUUUAUGUACUCCCACCUUGAUUUUGAAGGACCUGUGCUCAUGAAAUUUUAUUAAUAAUAUUUACUAAUAGAAUUUUAAACUUAUUUCUUAGUUUUUUACUUUUGGGGGUCAGAAAUGAUAUGAUCUUAUAGUUAUGACAGAGUGAAAAUUUUUAAAAAGAUUCAUAGUCUCAUAGAUCAUAUUUUACUCAAAUUUUUAUCCCCUGCCCAAAACAUUUCGUGAGCCCCACUCUGGGCCAAAUGCUGUUUAUUAAACUACACUGAACACAAUAUAUUAACCCUCAAAAGUUCCAUCCCUCUUUCUUCACAACCUACUAAAUAAACCAUCCCAGGAAACAAAAAUGUGAUGUUGCUUGGCCUUUGGAAUAAUUUUUGAACCUGUACAUGUCAAUAUGAGCAGAAAACAAAACAUUGCAUAACAUGUCUGAAGCAUUAGUGUAAGUCCUGUGUUAACAGUUUAUGUGUCUGCUGCUCUGGUUUUGAAACACGUUUGUAUAUAGAUCUAGAAGUUGGCGUAAAUUUUGUUAAAUAAAGCAACUGUAAAACGUU